AUGCCUUUAACUGCCAUAUUGUCAGAAAAAAAAAUAGAAGAAAAGUACAGUCAUAUUUGGGAUAUAAGACGUAUAGAUUAUGCUAUUAAUUUAAUGAAAGAUGAACUAUCCCAAGCUCCUAUUCUUGAAGCAAAAUUAGCUACUCUAGCUGAUUGUUUUGUUCAAAUGAUUAAAUUGGCAGUUAUUACGUUUCAACUUCCUUCUUCAAAUCUUGACAAGUCUGAAGUAAUUCAAGUUUUUAAUUAUCAUUAUCUUGAAUUACAACAUUCUACUUAUCUUUUUAUGUUAGUUUGA